UCCCUGGAGACAGUUAUUUACGCUAGUCGUCUGCACGAGCUCACAUCGAUGGCAGAACGAUUUGAGGACCGUAAAAACCUUGCAGCGCUCUUCAGCCAUUAUAUAGGGAUUAUCCGAACCACCGAGCUGUUGGGAUGUUCUUCGUCGGACCAAUGGCGAUGAGGGGAUCGACGAUCACCACGAAGAUCAAACGGAAGGCCCCGAAGCAGAACGAAGAUUCACGACGGCGGAACGAACGAGACAUCGGUUCGGAGAAGUUCGACGUUGAGGGACUCGGCUUGCAGGUGCGUCCGACGACACUCUGUCUCGUCCGACAGCUCCGUACCCAUAUCACCGCCAUGGAGGCCGACAUAGAAUGCAGGAAGGCGAAGAAAGAGAUCGCUGAGAGGAAGACAAAAGAGGCGGAGAAAAAUGCCACACGGAAAUCAUCUGAGUUAAAAGACGACCGACAACUAGAGGACCAAGCUCGAAAAGAAAAGGCAAAGGCAAGAGGACUACUAGAAAGCGAACAAAAAGCCCGCGUCAAAUUUAGACGUGAUCUUGAUCAUCUGAAAUCCGUCAAAGAUCUAUCUGUCGAAGCCAUGGAGAACGCCAUCAGGCACACAGAGAGAGUGUCCACGGAACUAGACUCACUCAAACAAAGGCUGGAGUGGACUUCCGACAUGAUGCAGGGACUAAAAGGUGAGAGAGAUCUCGCUGAAAGAGAGCGACUAGGCGUCGUGUACGAGAAAAACAAGCUGGCUAAAGAGAGGAAAGCUGUGAGAUCCGAAACUAGCUGUCUGUUAGCGAGCAAAGAUCUUCUAGCACGGGAAACAUGGGAGGCGAGAAGAGACAGAUACAAGGCUAUCCAGGACAGGAACGACGCCAUCAAACAGUGUCGUGAAAUGCGAGGGGAACUCAUAGAACUGGAGAGGAAAAAAAAGGAACUACUAAAACUCACAAGCCUGUACCAGGACCGUGUGUUGUCCAUGUAUCCAGAUGACGACAGUUCGACAGACAAGCAAAGCGGUAGAGAGUCCUCAGUAUCCCAUGUAGCUAAGAUGACAAGCCUCAAGCUGCCGAAAAUCUACGGCAACUACACACUGAGUAAAACACAUAUGUUGGGAGGCAGUGGGGAAUGCUGUGUGCUGAAUAACACAAGGAAAGUUCCGCUGGAUAAGGACUGUGGCCAAGACGGUGUUAUUCUGCCAAAGGUUAACAACAUUGCCGUUCACAACAAGGCUAGAAAAUGAAAAAAAAAUCGUCUGUAAAAUACCUCAUACGGUAGAGCUAAUAAGGUAGCCUCCUUGAUUUGGUUAUACAAACUGUAAGGAGCGACUUGUGAAAGAACAUUAAUUUUAUCUCCAUAGCAGGUUUCUUGGCUGGGCCUUUUUUUGCUUCCUAUCUGCUGUUUUAUGAUUGCACUCUGGGACUGUUAGAAACCGGGUAAAA